AUGAACACGGCUCUGAAGCACUGGAAGGAGGCGGCCACUCUCAUUUUAGCUGCCGGACACCGGCUCGGCCCAGACUCUUUAUCGUUACGGACACCGCUGGCAGCCUCCGCAGGUUCCCCGCAGGUCAGCAGCGAUGGUCGGUCACACCUGCCGGACAGGUCCCGCUUCGAUUACGACGUUUUGCUGCUUAAAAGAAGCGGCAAAAGUGGGUUUAUGCCCAACGCCUAUGUGUUUCCCGGCGGCUUGUUGGACUCCUCGGACUUUUCGAGUGAUUGGCUGGAUAUUUUCAAAUCUUUCGCUGAGUUCCCCAAUUUUGGUUUAAAGAGUGUCCGACAGCCGGUGGAGACCAGACCUCCCAUCUUUGCCACGGACCGGCUGAAGCUGGGCUCUCCUGUCCCGGGAGAGGUCGCCCUCCGGAUCUGCGCCUUGAGGGAGACGUUUGAGGAAUGCGGAGUGCUGCUGGCUGUGUCAAAAAUGGCGGAGAAAAGUGUGUUAAAAAGCUCAGAGGACGCUUUCGCCACGCAACAACACAAUGUAAACGAUCUGGACAGCAGUGAGCUCAGUAAAUGGAGGGAUCUGGUGAACCAAAACCCCUCCAACUUCAUCAGGAUGUGCAGGGAGCUGGAGCUGGUGCCCAACAUCUGGGCUUUAUAUGAGUGGAGCAACUGGCUGACCCCCGUAGGAAGAUAUGGAACCAAGAGGUUUGACACGGCUUUCUUCAUCUGCUGUCUGCAGGACAUCCCCCACACACUUCAAGAUGAAAAUGAAAUUGUGCGCUUUCAGUGGUCCACACCCUCAGAGGUGCUGCAGAGCUUCCAGGCACAAGAGUUGUGGAUCCCACCUCCACAGUUCUAUGAACUCAGCCGCAUGUGCCGCUGCCCUUUGCUGAAUGACCUCCACAGUUUUGCCCUCCAGCGAGCCACAGAGGGCUGCGAAAAGUGGAUGCCUGUUAUUGUCUUUGAAGAUGAACACUCCAUAUCACUGCUACCAGGUGACCAACGUUACCCAUUGGACUCUUCAGAGGAGCCUGAGGUUGAUAAGAGCACCGACUCUCAGCAGAAGGAGCCUCAGGACAAUUCUGCACUGCACCGUAUGGUGAUGUCAGAUCCGUACACUACAACUAUACAGAUCACCAUCACGCCCAAGUACAACCACCUGCUACCUGUUGUCUUGGCACAUACACAUGACUCAAAAAGUCAGCUUUGAUCUGCCUUACAUAUAUAUAUAUAUAUAUA